UGCUAUAAAUUCAUACAAAAAGCUACAAUAUGCCAUACAGCUAAAGGAAAAGGCCCUCUCCUGCAAUGAUCAAAAUACUACCAGUGUUAUGUAUUCUGCCACUUCUCACUGUAGCACAAUUUUUCCCAGUCUCAGAUGGAAUUAAUGAUCUCUUUGCUGUUUUUACACAGUGUCCAAUUACUCCUAGAAGCCCACCAGAAAAUCAGUAUUUUUGCUAUCGUACGCAAGCAAGGAUGCUUUUUGGAUUCACUGUCUGUGAUCCGGUCUUUGUCAGACAAAGGAAUCUAACAGUAGGAGUAAAAUCAGAGAACUAUACUGUUUACUUUUUGAACACUCCAGGCCGCAGAAGAGGAGCCAACUAUGUAAACAGAUUAUUGUGUAGGUGGAAUAUUCGCUGUCCUGCAGGACAAUUGAUGUAUUAUGAUGUCCCUGAGCAUUCACUAGAGGCAUCUGUUGUUAGCCCUUUCUUUAGUAAUUCGCUUUGCUUGGAUUUUUUACGAAUGUCCAGAGACUUUGGCGAGGACGUAUCGUGUGGUAAUGACAUACCUAGGAGUGACAUAGAACCAUCUCGUAUACUGGUCGAGUUUCGUAGCAACAGAGUAAUGAGGAGGCCAGGGUUCAGAAUGAGAGUAGUUUGCUUUAAUCCAAAGCUUCAGGAUGCUCAAGGAUGCACUGCAAGAGGAAGAAGGUCUAGUGAGCUGCAUAAAAUUAAAAUGAAGCAGAAAGCUGCUAGGAUAUUGCGCUCUUUAGUCAACCAACCUCACAAGAAAUUGCAAGUAUCACCUGAUAGGCUUAUACAAAACGACAUUCCUCGUGACGCUACUGUUGUGUAUAGUAGAGAAACAAUCUUUGUUUUCAGGAAAAAGUCUGUUCUCUUUGUGUACAGAAAAGUGAAGUCACUACACACCUAUAAUGAAUUUGAUGGUGUGACUAGCUUCUACAAAGCAGAAAAGAAAACAGAAAUAUUUCGCGGCUUUGGAGUAUUAACUGUAGUCGAUGUAUAUGCAUAUUAUACUAUAUUUGGAGUUGAUCCUAGCCUUCGACCUCCAACUGGUGACAAGAAUAUCAUAUCAACCCUAUUAGAUGCUCAUGAAGUGCUGACACCUGAUGAUGACUUUAUUAUUCCUAAUUUAGCACCACAGAACAUUGAUAAAAGACAAGCAUCAGGUCAAACUGUCUCUCCUGGUGUAAUUAGCAUAGCACAAAGUAAUAGCAAUUCUUGUAAUCCUGUCCUGAAAGCAGUGGCUCAGUCUUUGUUAAAUAAAACUGGGAACAAAUAAUUUCAAUUAUAAUCUUUUUUUUUAAAUGAUAAAUGCAAUAUCUGAGAUAACAAUUAUUAUAAUGGUUGUAUGGUUAUAAUUACUUGUAUUUAUUAAAGUUGCUAAAAUAA